AUGGCAGCUCAUAGUUCAACCACUCUUGGUCAAGACCAAUGUAUUUCAAAGCGGAUCCUGCUUUUACUUGGAGAGAGACUGAGUGGAAAGAGCUCAGUGGGGAACACCAUCUUGGGCAAGAGGGGAUUUGACACAGGGAUAAUGACAACUCACAGCUCCAAGAGGAAGGGCACUGUUGCAGGAAGACAGGUGACUGUGGUGGACACGCCUGGAUGGUACGUGGGGCGCAGCACCCCUGGCAACGUGGCACAGGAGCUGGGGCGAGCCCUGUCCCUCUGUUCCCUGGGGCCCCAUGCCAUCCUCCUGGUGGUCUCUGCCAUAGGGGACUUCAGGCAGGGAGAAUGGAGGGCCAUGGAGGAGCACCUGAAGCAGAUCCAGGCCCCUAUCUGGCAGCGAGCUAUAGUGCUCCUCACCCACGGAGCUGAGAUACCAAGAGGAACCACCGCUGAGGAACACAUCCGAGGGAAGGGCAAGAGUCUCCUGUGGCUUGUGGAGAGGUGUGGGAACAAGUUCCAUGUUCUGGACAGCCAAGCCAGGGACAACGAGGUUAAGGUCCAAUUGCUGUUGGAGAAAAUUGAUAGGAUGGUUGAGAUAAAUAUGCGUCCAAGGGAAAUACAGGAGAGGUUGUACACCCAGGUGAGAGAGAGCUUGAGGAUGGGAGGAGGGAAACAGCAGGGAGAGGACAUGGAAAUGCUUGUCAUGCAGGACAUGAGGACAAGGCAGAACCAGCAGGUCACAGCAGUGGUACCCAUAGGUAAGUCCUCUGCUCUCACAAGGCUCAAUGAUGAGCUGGGGUGUAAAAUUGCAUGUUUGUGGCAAAGGUUAAAGAAUACCAUUGCAAAUAGAGAACAUUAGGCUACUUAGUAGCAUUGUAUA